GUCCAUGGAUGAUGGCAUCAAUUGUUUUACGGGCAUUUCUAGCGAAAUAAUAGGCGGUUGCAUUAAAUUUUCAUCAACAUAGUACCCAUGCUCUAGAUGGAAUGUACGGCUUUGUUCCUUUGGGUGUGGCAAGCAGUCUUUGUUAUGAGGUAUUUGACAAUGCAUCACUACGGAUUGGGUCUUUGAUCUUUUUGACAUCGCGCUUCUAUCCAAAUCACACAAGGCGGAAGAACAGACUAAAAGUCAUGGAUCAAACCCAAAGUCCAAGAAUCAGGAGCCCAGAUGGACCAGACCAGAAACCUACGGUCGCGGUAGACAAGAUGGGUCUUCAUAGACGGCGGCGGGGGCAGCAAGCGGUCAUAAAAUCCGUCGAAAUCCUCAAGAAAGAGACAGCAUAUUUUAAGGACCGGCCUUUACCAUCAACACCGGCGUCCAUCCAAACUACUCCGGUUGAGCUGUACGACCUUAAGGUUCCCUCACCACUACGGCAAGAGAAGCAUGAAAAUGCCAAGAGUCAGUCGCAACAGGGAGCGACACCUAACCUACUACUAGUACCGAUCAAAACCGACCCCGCGUCCCUCUCGACGACCUUGAGCGCAUUGCCCGAAGGCAAAAUCAUCAACUUUGAAGGCAGUAAAUUCAGCGCCAUGCGCACCCGGAGGGGGUCUGUAAUAGCAGUAAUAACUCCCGAAGGGACAUGGCGACGAUCAGUGUAUAUCCCAGGACCAAUCAGAUUGCCAACGCUUGGAAUGAAAUCCUUAUAUUCCAUGUCCAACCUCGACUACCUCGACGAUGGCAUAGAACUUCCCGGGGAGCCGUGGGGAAGGAGACUGUCAGAGGAUGGGAUGAUUGAUGACAUCGUGUCCUUCUUCGAAUCCUUCAAGUUUGAGCGUGUCGGCAUCGAGACGGAAAGCGGAUGGGCAAGGCCGCCAUUCAACGAUGCAGACAGCAUCUAUAGCAGCACAUCCCUCGGCUUCAGUGACAACCGCAAGUUGGUAAAGAUGUCGCAGUCCAGCACCCUCCCCAUCCCACAGACACAGCUGCAAAUCAGUCCCCUAUCACGGACCGCAUCCCCAUAUUCGCCAAGCAAAUCGUUGCCGGCGCAAAAUCGUCGCAAGCGGCCGGCGAUACAUCAGAAGUCGGGGAUCAGGCGGUUUUUGGCUAGCGUAACCUCGAUCGUGUAGAUACCAAAGCGCUGGGUAGAUAUACGCUUCAAUUAUCUCGAUAUGUUGUUAGCGUGAUGGAGCUCGUAAGAGCUGGCUUCACGUACCAUUAAUGGAAUCAUUACCA